GGCGAAUGUUUGAUUUCCACAUACUAGACAUGUUUGAGCUUGGAAUUGAGAAUUUUAAGUCCAUGUAUGAGAUGCAGGGAGCCAAAAGUAACACAGGUAGCAAGCCUUGCUUGUUAUUUGCUGGCGAAGCUUUUGACCAGGACACAGAACACAGGAGAUUGAAGAAUCUUUUUAUAGAUUUUUUCCGUGGUCCCAUAGUAAGCCAGCUUCGGCUGGCUGGUCUGGAACAUGUAAUACAGAUCACUGCUUUAGAUGGGAAAAUACUGCUUCGGAACUACAAGAUCAAGAUGAAAAAGUCUGGCAGUAAGACCCCUAGAGUAGAGCUUGAGGACAUGGGCCCAUCUUUGGACUUUGUCAUACGGAGGACAAAACUCGCCUCAGACGAUCUCUACAAACGCUCUCUACGCCAACCAAAAACAGCCAAGCCAAGAAAAAUAAAGAAUGUUUCCCACAAUCCUUUUGGUUCCAAACUUGGCAGAAUUCACAUGGACAAACAAGAUUUAGGGAAGUUACAAACCCGUAAGAUGAAGGGCCUGAAAAAGUCCAAGAGUGCCAAGUCAAAAGAUGGAGCAUCACAACCCAAAAUUGUCAAGGAAACGAAUGGUCCAUCAAAAGCCAAACGAGCCAAGAAGUCUAUGGAUUGAUUUGUGUUAUUAUUUAUAAAUAACUUAAAACUUUAAUGUUAAUCAGGCUUGCACGGGAAUAUGGUGUUCGCCAGAAAAUCCAGAAAAAGCAAUCUUAACAAUAUUUUGAUCGGAUACAAAUGUUUAAAAUGGAUCUUGUCCUGUGUUCCAAUAUGAUGUGUUGGCAAGUUCUGUGACCUACAUGUACAUUUAGGAAAUUAUCAGAUCUCUAGAUGAUCCGGUUAUACCAACAAAAUGAAAGCUCCCAGCAUGUAUUACAUCUAUGGAACAUGUAGACAACAGAUUCAUGUACAGCCCAGUGUUGUUUGAAAUGUGACAGAAAAUUGUGAUAAUGGUUUAAACGAUGAAAACUGAUCAAGCCAGUAGCUAAUAUCAAAACAGUACUUUAAAGAUACCAUAAUACUGUUAUAUUAUAAUUUGGUAUUACUUUCAUCUUUACAUACACAAAUGUAUUUUUGGAUAGGAUUUUAAAGGCUAUAUAUCCUGUACUCUAUAGGAUUGCUGUAAGGCCUUCAAACCUUAUAUAAGCUGGUAUAAUAUCUUAAUGGUGUGUCACCCAUAUUUUCUUCCUCGCUGAGGAUGAAUACACUUUGUUUCUGGCUCAGUUACUGUCGAUGUUAAAACAAGGGCUAGGUCAACACCAGUGAAACGCUACCCAUAUAUGCUGAUGAAGCAGGUCUUCUAUUAUGCCAACUGUAGAAAAAUUAUACAAUGUGAAAAGUACAAAUGCUUCAUGUUAAGUCCAAGAAUUACUUGAAAAACUAUUACUAUGUAUUGCUUGUUUGUUGGUUUAUUACCUCAUAAACAGCAAGGGCUACUCUGAGAUAUUUUUGUAGUAGCUUGUGGUUACCUCACAGGUAGUGCUCAAAUUACACACCUUGAAACUCUAGCACUGACCGAGGUGUUUAUUAUUAUAAGUUGUUGGUCAGUCUGUUGGUUUGGUGGGCAUUCAGUAUCUCCACAGUAUUGACAUGUUCUAAUUUGUAAGAACUUCACUUAUCAUGAAAGCUUGGACAAGUUCGAUAAAACUUUAAAACGAAGAUUAAUUGCCAUGAAACUCACAAAAGUUGAGACAUCUUCAUGAUAAAUUAUAUAUUGUUGUACAUGAAAGACAUAAUCCAUGGAAAUCACCACUGUUAUCUAGAAAUAGAUACUGAAUGAUUUUUUCAAGUCGUUCAUUUUUUUUUCAAGUUGUAGAUUUGCAAUUGAACUUACUCAAUAGGGACUGGAUAAACUGUGAAUCCACUCCUAUCAUCAACAGAUUAUUCCAUAAAAAUCUCAUCAUCCUUUACAUCACUUUGAUACAUAAGACCUUAACAUUUAGCUCUUUUGGUGAGGUGAGCUCAUGACAAGGUGCAGCAUACAUUGUCUCUUGCAUCAACAUGUUCCUUUGAAAUGUUUUCUCAAUAACCAUGAGGACAAGAGCCAUCAUAAAAGACAAGUAGCUUCCGGCUUUCUAAUUUACUGCAUGGUUUAGGAUCAGCAAAGUAAUUCACAUAAAGGAGAACUAUACAGGUCCAUUUGGUCUUUUGUUGCAGGUCCUGAUAAGUUCCAAUACACAGCACAUUAACACAUACUGAAUGAACUUUCAAAUUGAAUGUGUCUGAGCCUAUAUAAAACAAUACACUCUGACUUAUAAUUUAAUGUAUUGGUCAGAGGCAUGUUUGUAAAGACAUGUAUUUGAGAGUACAGGCGAGAGAUAUGUUUGUCAAUGUUUGAGAGUACAUGCCUGGGAGAUAUUUGUCAAUGUUCAAGAAUUCAGGCCCAAGAUAUUUCUGUUUGAGAGUACAGGCGAGACAGAUGUUUGUCAAUGUUUGGGAGUAAAAGUGAGAGAGAUAUUUGUCAAUGUUUUGGAGAACAGGUGAGACAGAUAUUUGCCGAUGUUUUGGAGAACAAGCGAGACAGAUAUUUGUCAAUGUUUUGGAGAACAGGUGAGACAGAUAUUUGUCAAUGUUUUGGGGAACAGGUGAGACAGAUAUUUGUCAAUGUUUUGGAGAACAGGCGAGACAGAUAUUUGUCAAUGUUUUGGAGAACAGGUGAGACAGAUAUUUGUCAAUGUUUUGGAGAACAGGCGAGACAGAUAUUUGUCAAUGUUUGGGAGUAAAAGUGAGAGAGAUAUUUGUCAAUGUUUUGGAGAACAGGUGAGACAGAUAUUUGCCAAUGUUUGGGAGUAAAAGUGAGAGCGAUAUUUGUCAAUGUUUGAGUGUACAGUGAUGUCUGAUAUGGUAUCUAUGUACUAUGAUGGUGUAUAUAUGUUGACUGUAAUGAGAUGAAAUAAAAACUGAAUCAUUA